GCUACACCUGUCUGACAGGUAGUUAGACUCCAGACGGAACGGAAAGACAUGAAUAAACAGACUAUGGACGGAAUUUUACCAAAGAUUUGAUCUAACUUUUUCCCCCCUUAAUCGUCACCAAAGUGGAUUUGUCUCUUCAUUUGAUAAUGCGUCGACUGGUCCUGGGAAAAGCCGCUCUGAACGCCGUUUUGCUGCUGUAUUUAUUCUGUUUCGGGCCUACCCUGGUCUCCUCCAUCACAGUGAGCACUCCAGCAGAACUCCAUGCAUCUAGAGGCGAUGACGUCACCUUAUCCUGCACUUUUUCCUCCACGAGUAGGCCAACCAGUAAGAUGACUGUUGACUGGUCUUAUAGACCCCAGACUGGAGGUCUACCUCAGACUUUCUUCCACUUCUCCUCUCGGGUGUUUCCUCCAAGUGAAGGCCAGUUUGCUGGUCGUAUCCGCUGGCAGGGAAGCCCGGCGCGUGGGGACGCCUCCAUCUCUCUGAUUAACGCCACGCUGAACGAUAAUGGCACCUACACAUGCUCGGUCAGAAACCCCCCUGACGUCCACGGCUCCCCGACCUCACACACUGUACUUGCCGUCACACCAAAGGCACCCAGCAUUCGCUUCUCUGAUGUUGCCGUCCUCCUCAUCUUUGUCCUCGUCCCCUCUGGCAUCAUCACCCUCAUUCUGAUUGGACGAAUGCUCUGUCCCAAGAAACAGGGUAACCAAUCCAAGGCCUACAGAUCACCAAUAGAGGUCACAGAGGGAGAGGAGUAUGGCACCCACCCACAGGCAGACAGCAUGAAGACGGCCACAUGCUGCAACUUAUAUCUGAUGGAUUCAGACGAUGAGUACUACACUUUAAAAAAGAGGACCUCCAUAGAUAAAGACUAUAUUGAAUCUCAGUGCUAAAGAUUUCUGGUGCUUAGGAGAUGUAACUAGCACCUCAAGGCCUCAUUAAGGCCUAAGAAUGGGAGGUACUGAAUGGAAAUCAAUUAUGGAUUCAUCACUUCUUAGUCACAGUCCUCCACUCAGUCAUGUUGGUGAUGGAGUUUUUCUUUUUUGUUUGUUUUGCUGAGACCCCUUUUGUAAAUGCUCCAUUCUGUUAAACACUAUAAAAUCUGCAAAUAUUGGAUUUACAUUUAGCUGAGAAGCUCUUAAAGAAAACAGUGCACUGUUUUUAUAUGAAGGAGCUGGGGAAGAGGGGAAUAUUAAUAUCUAAGGCUGCAGCCAUAAGAUGUUCUCUGUUCAUUCACCUGAAUAACAGCGCAAAGCUGCUAGUGUCUGAUAAGGUACAAACUGACCCUGAAAAUUCAAACACAAGCAAAAAAGCCCUGUGUACAUGUAUAUAUAUAUUUUAUCUUUAGGAUUCGCAUACUGUGCCACUUUCUUGAUAUGAAGUGCAUUUAUGUGUUUUGUCUAAUUUAUUGUUAUCUUAAGUUGUAGUGGAACAUUUCUGUUAUAAACUGGAGAGAUAAAACGAAUAGCUGUGGAUGCCUGUAUAAUAUCUGUAUGGUAUAUUUGACAUGUUUUCAGUCCUCCGUUGUAUCAUAUCAGCAGCAACUGUGUCAUCACGUGUCAAUACAUUCUGGUGAGCCUGUGUUUCAUUGUGGUUCAUCAUAGAUGUGGCAAUAAGCCAUUUAGCAGGAUUGAAAUCUGUUUUUUUUGUUUUUCUUUAGAUGCACAGCUUUCUUUAAUUCAUUUUUCUGCAACAUUUUUUGCCUAAAUAAAAUUUUAAUGAGA